UUUUGGUAUAUAGCUCGCGCUGUGCUGCGGUCGCACGGAAAUGUUUGCUGGCUUAUACCAGCGGUACAGCGGCGGGUCACACUGGCCCACACAUCCCAAUUUUAAUUUAAAUUGCAAUUGGUCGUGCUACUGUGCUGUCGGCUCCAGGCUGAAAAACAAAAUACAAGAAAAUAACAUUUUUUCCGGCUUGCUGAUAGUGGUUGCGGUCGAGCUGUGACCACUCGUUGUUCAAACUGUAUUGUUGACGCCCCCGUGCAAAGGCAGCAACAACAGAUAUUGCCAAAUAUUGCAGCAACAAUAACAACAACAAUUGGAGAACGAAGGAAGACCAACAAGUGCGCACACACACAGGCGCACACUGAUACACUCACACAGCGAAACAAUUGCGCUUUUAGCACCAAUUGAAAGUGAAUUGCAAGUGAAAAUAGACGCAAAGUGGAACGAUUUCAGCAAAUUGUUGCACACGAAAAUAACAAAACAGCUGUGCGCUUCUUUUUUUUUGUGUGUGUCUUGCUGUUGUCUGCGCCGCGUGGGGCAGCAAAAGGAGUGGGAGUGAGAGAGCGGUAGCCGCUGCAAUAACUGCAUUUUAGCACGAGUGCGAGUGAGAAGGAGCAGCAGAGCGACAUCAUCAUGACCGACCUCAACGAGCUAAUGGGAAGCCCCUUUGUGCGUGUGAAGCUUGUGGCCUUUGUGCACUUCUUCUUCAUCUCGAAUGCCAUGCUAGGAAGUUGGGGCCAUGGGGCGUAUGAGUUCUACAACUUUCUAUUCCUGAUCUCCAUGUUCUGGUCGAUUCACAGCAAGGACUCCAUCGAAGCGAUCCAAACGGCGCUCGUCAUCAACGCUUCUAGCAUUUUUUUUGAUAUAGUCAGCAUUUCUCUUCAUUUCGGUCUUAUGAAUGGCUGGGCCGUUGCGUUCAGCAUCAUCAACCUGAUACUGCGACCGGUGAGCGUGGCCCUGCUCUACAAGGAGUUCAACACGAGGGGCGGCACACUGCCGACGGGAUCGGUCUUCCCAACCAGCCAGCAGCGGAGCUACCAGGACAUCGACCGGCCCACACAGCCGACACCGACCAACUCGCAGCCGGGCCCGAAUGUGGCCAGCAUCUUCUAGGCUCUCCAAGAAAACCCUUCCAAGUACCUAGACGCACCACUUCGACAAGAGACAGCGGAUCGCUGGGGAUUCCCCAACGCAACGGAACAGCAAAGACAACCCAUUUGUAGAAAGACUUGACUAGUCAGUGUCGCUGCCGAAAAAUAGCAAGAAAAUUUCCCGUGAAUGCGUAUCAAAAUUCUAUAUAUAUACAUAAAGUGAAUUGUUUUUUUUGAGCGUUGUUUUGUUAGUGCAAUAUUGUGAGAGAGACAACGAUUAAGGUUAAGCAUUGUAGUUAAAUAUGACAUCGGAAUUUCCAAAAGAAAGUGUGUGCGUGUUUUCCUUGUCCCAUAUACACAUUUUUUUUUACGUUGUUAACGAUUAAAGUCGGCUAAUCAAAACAUAAAGAUAUAUAUAUAUAUAUAUUUAUAUUUAUAUUCGUAUUUGUAUAACAAAAGAUUGCAAUUCUACUUUCUACUUAUCCUAGAUAACGUUAACGCUAACUGUAAACCCAACAGAAUAUUCGAAAAAUAAAAAGCGGGCGUCGUCAACGUUUGUAAAACAA